AUGAUGACAUCAAUGGUCCCUUGAAAGAACUUUCAAUCAUUUUAAUGUUUCCACAGGCCAUGGUGGGCGGUGACGCUGCAAAGUGAAGAUCAACAAGCGCUCGGGUAUCCCGCCUGCGUCUCGGUCUUAGUCUGGUAAACAUGAAACUCGCAUAACAGGUGCGUACGACUUGUCACGCAGCCUGGGGGUCAUGUGCGAAAGGUGUCCAUAAAUUCAGCAGCUUGGCGGCAGGACAAACAGCAAGCACGUGGCAAAGGGAUAAGGACAGCAUAGGGAUCGCCUCAAGGAUUCUUUACUCAUUUUGCUGCUUUGGGAAUGCAACAAAGGUAGGAAAAAUGGUCAUGAUGAAAGCCAGUGAGGUGGUGCCGUCGGCGACUGUCAAAUUCUUCGGCGCUGGCACUGCGGGUUGCGUUGCUGACCUGGUCACCUUUCCUUUGGACACGGCUAAAGUGCGACUACAGGUUCAGGGAGAGAUUCGGAAGGUAGAGGGAGCCGGUGCGAAAAAAUACCGCGGUGUGUUUGGUACCAUCAGCACAAUGGUGCGCACGGAGGGCCCCAUGAGUCUCUACAACGGACUGGUUGCUGGACUCCAGAGGCAGAUGAGCUUCGCCUCGGUACGAAUCGGUCUUUACGACUCCAUGAAACAAUUCUACACUCGAGGGACGGAAAGUUCAGGGAUCGUCACAAGGCUGAUGGCGGGCUGCACCACUGGUGCCAUGGCCGUGGCGCUGGCACAACCGACCGACGUGGUGAAGGUGCGCUUUCAAGCCCAGGCGCGGCUGGCUGACGGCGGGAGGAGAUAUAACGGGACUUUGGAUGCUUACAAGACCAUCGCUCGGGACGAGGGGGUGCGAGGACUUUGGAAAGGGUGCAUGCCCAACAUCACCCGUAACGCCAUCGUCAACUGUGCAGAGCUGGUGACCUAUGACAUCAUUAAGGAGGUCAUCCUGAAGUAUAACUUAAUGACAGACAACCUGCCAUGUCAUUUCACCGCUGCCUUCGGCGCGGGCUUCUGCACCACAGUGGUGGCGUCGCCCGUAGACGUGGUUAAAACACGCUUCAUGAAUUCGGGAGCUAAGCAGUACAGCAGCGCCAUGAACUGCGCUCUCACCAUGAUCAAGAAUGAAGGACCCACGGCCUUCUAUAAAGGGUUCAUGCCUUCGUUCCUGCGCCUGGGUUCCUGGAACAUCGUCAUGUUUGUCACAUAUGAGCAAAUCAAACGAGGCGUGACGCAGUACUGGGAGUCGCCAUUUUGAAGCCUCUAUCAGAAGGAAGCCAACACAGACUGAAGUGUUAAGUGGCGAUGAGUGGUUAGUUGCCAGACGAGCACUUGAAAUGGCUUUGGGGGGGUUCCUGCCAUCACAACUCAGGUAGAUGAAAGGUCCACUAAUUCCAGUGGGAACUCAUUAUGGGCAUUGCCUAGCGUACCAAAAUAUGCAGAUCCAAAUUUGGCCUCUGCUUUAAAACGGGAUGUCUAUGUUUACAA